UCAGAAAACACGCGUACUGCCAGAUUUUUUUUUCUUUUAUUUCAAAAGUCCCUAACCUUUUCAGCAUUACCAGAUAUAAAUUUGCUAAAGUAGAUUAAACUUAUAGCAUAAUCAGAAAUAAAGCAAUCUAGGUGAACUCAAGGGUUCAUAGACAAAACAGUCAUCACAGUCACAAGAGGAACAUAUAAAAUUACUGAUACGGAGAUGUCGCUCCAAUGGUCAUUCAGUCUGUUGCUGUUGUUCGCUGUGUGUUCGAUGUCCGAGGUGGCCGGUCUGGCUCCACCGCUCAAAGUAUCAGCUUUCAACAUCCAAACGUUCGGGAAAACGAAGAUGUCUAACGAUACUAUCGCCAACUACAUCAUCAACAUCACCAGCCGCUACGACAUUGUAGUCAUUCAAGAAGUCAGGGAUUCCACAUUCUUCGCGCUGAAUAAACUAUGGGCUGGAUUGAAUCUUACAGGACCCUGGGGGUUAACGCUGAGUGAACCAUUGGGAAGAACGAGUUACAAGGAGCAAUAUGCCUUCUUCUACCGCACGCCAAAGGUCACCAUCAGAGGGACCUUUCAAUACAACGACUCUGCCCUGGAUGUCUUUGAGCGAGAGCCGUUCGCAGUGGAAGUUGAAUACUACUCUGUGGCUAAACUCGCAAAUAACAGAAUCGCUCUACAAGCUUUGCAUACAAAACCAACUGAUACAGUCCAAGAGUUACAAGCGCUACCCAAUGCUAUGAGGGCAGCUAACGCCAGUUUUCCGAAUGCUAAAGGCAUCAUCGCCAUGAGUGAUAUGAACGCCGACUGCAGCUACCUCAGCAGCUCAAAUCGAAAGCAGCUGGAGAUUUUCCAGAACGGUACAGGCUUCACCAGCGUCAUCCCGGACACUUUUGACACCACCUCAACGGCCGGAACAGACUGCGCCUACGAUCGCGCCAUCAUACUUGGGCAAGGUGUCGUGGUCAGCGGUGCUGCUACUUACCGCUUCGAUGAUCAGCUACGACUGGAUGUCGAUACCACAUUGGCCAUUAGUGACCAUUAUCCCAUAGAGUUCAAUUUAUAUUGAACAGCUGGUAUGCCACGACGUCCCAUUAAACAUGUGUCUCUUUUAACUUUCAUUGAUAGUGAACGAUAUUAGUGUAAUAAUCUGUCACUGUUUUCUCUCAAUAUAAAUAUUAUUAAUGUUUUAAUUAAAAUUUGCAUGGUUAUAUUAAUUUGUGCUUCAAAUAAUGUUUAUAAAUUAUAAUCAUAGGCCUUUGUUAAAUAAUUAUCUUACAUCAA